AUGGAUUCCCAACACCGACGUAUCGAGCUCCAAACUCCCUCAGAUUUAACAUAUCUUGAAGAAUACGCAAAACGGGUUGCGAGAGACAAGAUUGAUUUGAAUUUCCCGCCCGCCGCCGCCGUUGGCGAGGAUGCGAUGAGAAAAAAAGUGGAAGAACUGGUUGGACAGUAUUUGUCUAGAACGUUCGCCGAAGCAAGGAAAAACAUGAGCAUCAAUGGCAUGCCGGUUCCGAGCGCGGAUGCUGUCGCCGGUGAAGCGUAUGAACCCUUCGACACCACCCAAGCGGACCGCAUUCGCGAUCUCGAAGCACGCAAAGACGCCCUUCAAAAAACCGUCGCUCUCGAACGCCGGAACGGUGCCGCUUCAGCAGCGCGCAACUUUGAAAAGGCAUACACUGCACACGUUGACGCUGAAGACAUGCAGUGGCUGAUGGCGAAGAACGCGGUGAUGGAACGAGCUGAGAAAGAAGCGAUACUGGGAGUGAACGCACCGAAGAGAGAGCAAGAGUAUGUCGAGACGUACAGGAAGGCGAGAGAAGAUCUGGAGGGGCUGAAUAAGGGCCUGGGCGGUACGGUGGGAAAGUUGGAGAGAGCAGUAGGCAGUAGAAGGAGCUUGGACAAGGCUCAAGCGAGCACAUACGGCUUCGCAAGACCUCCGCACGGAUCUCAACCACAUAUUCAACCACCAACCGCCAAUCACCAAGAAGAUCCCGUCCCAGCAAUGGUACGAACAGCCCCAACGGGAGCAGCUUCGAUCUUGAUAUCCUCACAUGCACCUUGGGUAUGUCAAGCGUGUUUCCGUCGGCUUCAGUUGCGCCCACAAGCCGCACCCAAGAGCUUCCAGCUAUCAACUCGACUGCGCAGCCUUCAUACCGAGCUCCGUGUAGACGAUGCCGUACCAUAUCGCAAACUGCUUAAGGAUCAGAAGAACAAGAAGAAGAGCAAGGGCGUGAAGGGAUCAUCCAAUGGCAAAGGCUCCCAGUUGACAGACUGGGAGCUUACAGUCGGCAUCGAGAUCCACGCGGAAUUGAACACCGCGCGAAAGUUAUUUUCCUCAGCGUUGACCUCUACGAAUGAGACUCCAAACACACAUGUCGCCCUCUUCGACGCCGCGUUCCCCGGCUCUCAACCACAGUUCCAGAAAGACACCCUAAUCCCCGCAAUCCGCGCAGCUUUAGCUCUCAAUUGCGACAUACAGAAGCGUAGCACCUUUGACCGUAAACACUAUUUCUACCAAGACCAGCCCAACGGCUACCAAAUAACACAAUAUUAUGAACCCUUUGCCAAGCGUGGCCACAUCACGCUGUAUCCUCACGACGGCAUUGCAGAGCAAGACUAUCCUAGUAUCACAAUUGGUAUCGCGCAAGUUCAGAUGGAGCAAGACACUGCAAAAACUCUCGCCCAACCACCACAUACCCACCUGAUCGAUCUGAACCGCGUCUCGCACCCUCUCAUCGAGAUCAUAUCGCUCCCACAAAUCCAUCACGCGCAGACGGCAGCUGCAUUCGUCCGCAAAGUCCAGGCCCUCCUACGCGCUGUCAACGCCGCCACCCGAGGCAUGGAACAAGGCGGUCUCCGUGCAGAUGUCAACGUCUCGGUACGGAAAAAUUCUGCAGGCCCCGGCGCACUCGCAUACGCCGGUAUUGCAGGUCUCUCACAGCGCACUGAGAUCAAAAAUCUCUCAUCCCUUCGCGCCGUCGAGGAUGCAGUUACCGCCGAACGCGACCGCCAGGUCGGUGUGUUAGAAGCCGGCGGUAUGAUUGAGGGGGAAACACGGGGGUGGACGAUUGGACAGACAAGCACGACGAGGUUGCGCGGGAAGGAGGGCGAGGUAGAUUAUAGGUACAUGCCCGACGCUGAUAUCAUGCCUGUGAUAAUUGGCAAAGACUUUGUCGCGCAUUUGAGGGAAACGCUUCCUAAACUACCGGAUGAGGUGCUGGAUAUGCUUGUUAGGGAGCCGUAUGGGGUGACGGUGAAAGAUGCGAAGACGUUGCUUGCACUCGAUGAUGGAGAGAGGUUGGAUUACUAUUUUGAUGUUGUGCAUAUACUACAAGAGACGCUGGAAUCCGAGGCGGCUGGUGUGAAGGGGAAGGUUGGCAAGAUGGCGGCGAAUUGGGUCCUGCACGAAUUGGGCGGAUUAUUAGCGGCCUCGACAACGGAGUGGGUGCAUAACAGCGUACCAGCCGGAAAGGUUGCAACUAUCAUUGCAUAUCUUCUACGACGAAAGGUGACUGGCAAGGUCGCGAAGCAGCUGCUGAGCACGGUGUUUUAUGAGCCUGAAAGAGAGGUCGAGGAUGUUGUAAGGGAGGAAGAUCUACUAUUGCGGCCCAUGAACGACGAAGAAUACGAAGCCUUGGCGCAAGAUGUCAUCACGAAGAACGAGGACGUGUCGGUUGAGGUGCGCGAGACUGGACAUCAAGGAAAAUUGAUGUUUCUCGUGGGACAACUCAUUAAGCACGGCGAGGAAGGCCGGGUUGAAGCCGAUCGUGCGAAACUGGUGCUGCAAAAGCUUUUAUUAAAGGGAUGA